AUGUAUACAUACGUUGGGGUUGAAGUUGUUGACGAUAAUGGCGUCAAUAUAAUAUUCAAUGUUGCUGACGGCAUAUCUGGUUACACCCCCACUCUGUACACGGAAGUUCUUGACGAUAAUAAUUUCAGACAAGAAGUUGGGGGAUCACAGUGCAAUAGUCUCCCUAUCCAUCGUUCCACUCAACGGUCUCAUAGGCCGCAUGAAAGGGAUCCUUCUAAACAACAAUAUUUAGGCGACGACACAUGCUUUGCAUAUGACAUGCAUGACGAUUCCACCAUCUUCGAGCAACACAACAACUACGUGGAACACGAUAGCGCAUUUGACAAUAAUAUUGGAGAUGACGAUGAGGUCUCACAAAGCUCCGAGGAGGAUGUUGAUGAUGGUUUAGAGGCCGAGGACCACGAAGAACACGAGAUUCCUGAGUUUGAGACGCCAAGUUCCAUGUUCACCGAUGAAACAUGGACGAACAUCGUGGACCCUAGUCCGCAAAUGCCUAAUAAGAGUCACGUUGGGUGGGAUGGACAUUGUGAGCUAUUUAAGGGACAGGUUUUCUUUGCAAAGGAGGAGGUUCAGAAUACGGUGAAGAAGUAUAGCAUGCAACAGAAUAAUGUGGUUAAGACAUCAGCAUCGUCACCGACUAUGUUGGUGUACAAAUGCAAGAACCCGGUCCCAUGUCAGUGGCAACUAAGAGCAAGAAAGUGUAAGGAUGCCGAUGAGUGGAUAAUCAGUCGAUACGCAGGACCACACACUUGCGUUGCGGAGAGUGUAACCCAAGAUCAUCAUAAUCUUGAAGCACGGUUCAUUUCUGAAAUUAUCGCCCCCAUCGUGAAAAAAGAUGCAAGCACGAAGGUGAAGGUCCUUCAAGCAAUGAUUUUAGAUAGGCCAGAGGGAUUCCAACCAUCGUAUGCGAAGACUUGGGCUGCGAAGCAAAUUGCUAUAGCAAGAAAUUUUGGGAACUGGGAUGAGUCGUAUGCAGAAGUCGAAAGUUUCUUAGCCGCGGUGAAAGUUAAAAAUCCAGGAAAGUACAAGGGCGUAAUCUUGGUUGCUAUGAGUCAGGACGCGGAAAAUCAAAUAUUCCCUAUUGCAUUUGCCAUUGUGGAGAAGGAGGAUGCUGAUAAUUGGGGGUGGUUCUUAUCCUGCCUUAGACAUUUUGUCACCAAUCAAACAGAAUUGUGUCUAAUUUCAGACAGGCAUACUGGUCUAUUGUCGUACAUAAAAGGAGAUUCACUUUGGAGACCCCCCCAUGCUUAUCAUCGCUAUUUUGCCCGUCACAUUGGGGCAAACUAUAUGAGGAGGUUCAACAAAAUUGUGGGCAACCAAGUAAAAGUUAUGGCCAUGGAAAUCCAAAAACGAAAGUUUAAAGCUCAGCUUGAAAAGACUAAAAAGUUCGGCGACGAGGAAAAGGUCUACAAGGAACUAACGGAGGAUUUGGUUUUAAAGAAAUGGUCAUUCGCGCAUGAUGGAGGAAGGCGUUACGGAUCGGAAACAACAAACAUCUCAGAGAGCUUGAAUGGGGUCCUAAAAGAAGCUAGGCACCUGCCAAUAAUGGGAACGGUUAUGAUGACAUUCUACAAAAGCGUGAACUAUUUCAAUGACAGAACCGUAGAAGCACGAAAAAAAAUUGAGACGGGGGGAAACUGGAGCACGUUUGCCAUAAAAAAGUACAAAUACUGGAGGAAUAAGGCAUCAAGACACCAGGUCAUUGAGUUUGACCGUGCGGCACAAACUUACGAGGUGCAGACUCCAAUGAAUUAG